CCGGUUGCCAUAGCGCCCGCGCCGCCGGCCAUGGCGGCCGAGGAGGAGGACGACGUGGAGUGGGUGGUGGACACCAUCGCCGGCUUCCUGCGGGGACCCGCCUGGUCCAUCCCCAUCCUGGAGUUCAUGGAGCACAACUGCGAGGUUUUUGAUGAUGAAGAAGAAAGCAAGUUAUCUUACACAGAAAUUUAUCAGGAGUACCAAGCUCUGGUGGAGAGAUUACUAGAGGACUACCUUAAAGAAGUUGGAAUUAAUGAGGAGAAAUUUCAAGAAGCUUUUUCUUCUCCUCUUGCAAAGACCCACACCUCACAGGCCAUUCUGCAAACAGUGUUGGCAGCAGAAGAUUUUAGACUAUUUAAAAAAAUGAUGGUACAGAAAAAUAUUGAAAUGCAACUGCAAGCAAUUCGAAUCAUCAAAGAAAGAAAUGGUGUAGUGCCUGAGUGUUUGACAGAGGGUUCUGAUGUAUUCAGUGAAAUCGAACAGGAAGAAAUGAAAGUACUCAGGGAGGUUCUAAGAAAAUCUAAGGAAGAGUAUGAAAUAGAGCAAGAGAGAAAGAGGACUGAAGAAGCAUGUGCUAAACUCAAAGCUCCAGAUGUUACCCACAAUUUUCCAGGAGAUUCAAGAGAAGCUGUUAAAGUUAAGGAAUCCACUGAAGGAGCUGAGGACUCUCGAGAAACUCCAAAAUGCCCAUUAGAGGGAUCUCAUAAAUCUACAAAAGAAGACCCCAAACCAGUUUGCCCAGUACAAAAAGGAACUGAAAACUUACUCCAGCCCUCUUGUACCAAGGGGAAAGAAGACACUAAGAAAAGGUCUGCUGGGAAAGGUUCAGAGAACACAGUGCAAAAAGCUGGAGUGAAAGGACCUGAUUUAUCAGAAACCGAAAAGCAGCAGCUGAAGCAACGUGAGGAUUACCUAAAGAAAAAACGAGACCUGCUGCUGGCUACGAAGAAAGAGUCAAAAAAUAAUGUACCACCACCACCAAACAUUGACCAGAAAGGGGAGGAAUCCCCUCCCAAAGAGGAAAUGUCAGAAGAGAAGCAAAGGCUGCUCCAGAAGAGGAAGAUGCUUGCAGAAAAGCUAAAAGAAGAAGUAAUUAGUAAGCGGUAGUUUUAAGAGACUCAUUGCUGACCCGAAGAACAGAAGGAUGUGUUUUAGACUAAAUUACCAGUAAUUGGAGGGAUUUCCAAUCUUACACUGGGAUUUAUAGAACUUUCAGACAAGCAGCUCAGUACCUGCUAACUCCCUAUUGCAAAUGCCACUGAAACACACCAUGAACACUCGUUUUCCAGAGUGCUGGAAACUCCCUGACUUUGUCCUGCUGCGAGGCCGUGCCAUCACUGCAGAGCACAGCCCUGCUCCAGCCCUGAGCCCGGAGAGCAGAGGCAGCGAUGGAGCGCUGAGAAAGGAAUUCCUGUGGCAACAGCUCCAAGCUCAACAUUUUAACUUUUUCAUUUCAACAGUGCAAAACUUGCUUCCUGUUAUUAGCCCAUUAUAAACAAAUGGCUCUUUUUCAGCUGUGCAGUGUAAUAAAGUCUGGUUUCACAA